UGUGAAUAAACCGGUGAAAUAAGUGUCCGGCCUGGACCUCGGCAAGUUUCUGUGCUUGUUGGCCUUGUCUGGAAGGGGGGAAUUGUAAACUUGGUGUUAAUUACGGCUUUCUCUGGCUGCCUGGGAUGUGUGCUGGUAGCCUUCAGCGCGGUGAGGCGGGGAUCGCUGGGAACGCUGGUGGGUCUGGCUCUUUGAACGGACGUUGGAGAGCGUUAGGCAUAACUUGAAGUAGGUGUCGCCAGGACUUAUCGACAAUAUUUUUAAUUUAAAUAACAAAUAAAAAAACACGCCGGGAGUUUUAGCCGCAGCUCGCCCCCUGGCCAGCGCCGCCGAUGCGCAUGCGCGGUCGGGCCGGGAGAGCGCCCGCGGGGCUGUCCGCCCCGCCCCGCGGAGGCUCCCAUUGGCUGCGGCGCGCUGAGGGGCGGGGCCGCGGCGUGCCUGGCUGGCUGCGCCCCGAGCGGGCCCGCAGUCAGCCGCCUCCGUAAAGCGAGCGGCGGUCGCUCGGCUCCCCUCGGCUCGGAGCAGCCUUCGCGGCCGGCUUUGGUAGCGGCACCGCUUUUCAGCCUUGCUUGCCCAGGCCUCCGCGUGCGGGGAGACUGACGGCCCGGCGCUCUCUUGUGUUUGUUUUAACAGACUUUUGAAUCGGAAUAAACACCUUCAGGUCUCGGAGGCUUCUGGCUCUGAACUGCCUUCACUGCUGUCGCCUUCUUCUGUCUAAUGUGCUACAAGGAUGAGCCCAGCAUUUGGAGCUAUGGAAGUGGAGCACUAUUCCAAGGGAGUCCUGCUCGAGCCUUUUGUCCACCAGGUUGGAGGACACUCGUGUGUCCUCCGGUUUAAUGACAAGACCAUCUGUAAACCCCUUAUUCAGAGGGAACACCAGUUCUAUGAGACUCUCCCAACAGAAAUGCGUAAAUUCACUCCGCAAUAUGAGGGUGUGGUGUCAGUGAGCUUUGAAGAAGAUGAAGAUGGAAAUUUGUGUCUAAUAGCAUAUCCACUAAAUGGGGACCACGAUAAUUUAGAAAACUUAGAUAAUUCUGACUGUGAACCCAAAAGUAAGCUGUUGCGAUGGACUAACAAAAAGACAAUGUUGUUAGAAAAUGAGAAGAUAUCUAAGGAAUGGGUCCGACAGCACAGGAAAGAGGAAAAAAUGAAAAAUCACAAAUUGGAGGAAGAAUUUGAGUGGCUGAAGAAAUCUGAAGUCUUGUAUUAUACUGUAGAGAAAAAAGGAAAUGUCAGUUCACAGUUCAAACACCAUAAUCCUUGGAGCAUGAAAUGUCACCAGCAGCAGUUACAGCGGAUGAAGGAAAAUGCAAAACACCGGAAUCAAUAUAAAUUCAUUUUGCUGGAAAAUCUAACAUCUCGAUACGAAGUACCAUGUGUGUUGGACCUUAAGAUGGGAACCCGACAGCAUGGAGAUGAUGCUUCAGAAGAGAAGAAGGCUAAUCAGAUUCGCAAGUGUCAGCAGAGUACAUCAGCUGUUAUUGGAGUCAGAGUUUGUGGCAUGCAGGUGUACCAGGCAGGCACCGGCCAGCUAAUGUUCAUGAAUAAAUACCACGGAAGAAAGCUCUCAGUCCAAGGAUUUAAAGAAGCACUUUACCAGUUCUUUCAUAAUGGCAAAUACCUGCGCAGGGAACUCUUUGAAUCUGUUAUUAAAAAACUGACUGAACUCAAGUCUGUCCUAGAGAAACAGGAGUCUUACCGCUUCUAUUCAAGCUCCUUGCUGAUCAUUUAUGAUGGAAAGGAAAGGCAGGAAGUUGCUGUCGACUCAGACCCAGAGGACUUAGAGGACCUUUCAGAGGAAUCUUCAGAUGAGUCAGCAGGAGCAUAUGCCUACAAACCAACUGGUAGUACUGUUGAUGUCCGUAUGAUAGACUUUGCCCACACAACCUGCAAGUACUAUGGAGAAGAUAGCGUGGUGCAUGAGGGCCAAGACACGGGUUAUGUUUUUGGACUUCAGAAUUUAAUAGAUAUUAUUAAAGAAAUAAGAGACGAAAGUAGCGAAUAAACAGUGUGAAUGCACAUCAGUAGAAAGCACUAUUGUGACUCUUUGUAUUCCACAAUUAUUGGCCACUUUCUGGUGGUAGGAAUCUUUACAGGCUCUGCAGGGAUGGUCCUGUCAGAGUCAGACUUGUUCAGAGGGCAUUUACUUAUAUUGGUGCUGGACCUAGCACUGGCAAAACUUGGUAUCCUUAUUUAUUUUAACUUUCUUAAACAUUCCAUAUUUGAUUACUCAGAUACCUCUGUUAUACCUGUGUGUAUACGUUCCAAUAAAAUUCUUUUUGUUCAUUGUAA